AUGGCUAAACGUAUUGCAGACAACCAGAUGACGCGGGAAGCACUCGAAGCGGCCGGCAGUGAUGAAAAUGAAACCUCACAUCCUUCCCAAGAAGGGUUCAAGCAAGCGUCGAGUGACGUACUCAGCAAACGCAGAAUAGCGCAGCCCAGAAAACGGAAACAUUUGGGUUUUGAAAACGGUAAUGGCAACAGCAACAGCAAUGGCUUUGGGAAUCAAGCAGGACCCGCCACAAAUGCUUUUUCAUUCGGACAAACAUCGUCUAACGCAUUUUCCAAUGCAUUCAGCGGAGGUAAUGCGUCCAAAAGCGUUAGCAACGCUGAUUCCAUCACAGAUUCCGAAAUACCCGCCAAACGCAACGCCCUGAAUUUGCAAUUCCAAACCAAAAUCUCUGAGUACAUCUCCAACGAUCCAUGUGCUGAUUUGUCAACUGUGUUCGAGCAAUACAAACGUUAUCUCAAAGAAAUCACCACGACACCAACAGCGUCCACGUCAAUACCGGAGUCAAAAUCUGUCGCUCCCGCUUCUGUCCCUGCUUCAGCUUCAGCUUCAGCUCCUGCUUCCAACAAGAAGACCACCAUUCAAGAUUCCGAUUCUGAAUCUGAUUCCGACGCUGACAUCAAAGUUGAGGGUCCAACAUUCACAUUGAGUGAAAAACCAACAGUUAAGAAUUCCGUCUUCAGCUUUGGUCCUAAAAAGGCCUCUAAAGUGGACACCAGUGAUUCUGAAAGUGAGGUUGAGAUCAAGGGUCCUUCAUUUUCUUUCAAGCCGUCUUCCACCUCGACCACUGCCAAGCCUGUCUUCAAAUUUAGCUCUGAACAAUCCAAGCAGGACACUUCUGACAUUCAAGCUGACCAAAGUAGUAACUCUGGUGAGGCAGAGGAUGCCAGCGCGACUAGUGAGCAGCCUCCUAAAUUUAGUUUUGGCGCUAGCGCAUCUUGGAAGCCCGCCACCCAUGCAGCAGACACUACAUCUGUUUCUGACGCUACCACUUCAGAUCAGCCUUCGAAACUCUCUCUUGGCUUUGCUCAACCUUCCAAAACUUUAAAUACUUCCAGUGAGACCCAAGAAAAUAAAACGCCAGCAUUCUCUUUUGGCACUAGUAUUGCCACAAAGUCAGAUACCAAUGGUGUCAAACCACAACACGGUUCUUUGUUCAGUCAACCAGUUGCUUCUACAAGCUCCGAGAAGGUGACAGAAAAACCUGCGUUCAAGUUUGGACCAUCCAACUCCUCAGUUGGCAGCGGUGCUGCAGUAAAAACCCCCAGUUUCACCUUUGGCACUUCCAUAGCAUCUGGAGAAAAUACUGGAAAAUCCUCAGGAGAGAAAACCGAGAAACCUUUUUCCGGUUUUGGCCUGUCUAGCUCGUCGAAGGACUCCGCUAAUUUGGAAUCAAAGGGGGCAACUGUGUCGAACACUACGCCAGCGUCAUUUAAGUUUAGCUCCGCGCCCAAAUCCGAUCAGGUCACACAGCCAAAGCCUGCACCUUCAUUUGUUUUCGGCAAAAAAUCCGAAUCUCAGCAAGCUGAAUCUGAUAAGCCUAAAUCCUCCUUCGCAUUUGGUACUAACAACGCUUCUACGGCCCCUAGUUUUACCUUUGGUAAGCCAUCUGAUACUAAGGAAACACCAUCGAGUGGCUUCAAGUUUAGUCUACCUUUUUCAUCGACAGCAGUGGCCACUGAACCUCAGAAUAACAGCACAGAAUCACAUCCUGAGAAUACUACCACCGCUGAGACUCAACCAGAGGAAGAAACAAAGGCAAUGACAAUGACGAAUGGCGAGGAAGGAGAAGAGUUAUUGUUUUCCAAGCGCGCAAAACUCUUACUUGUUAAUCCCGAUACAAAGGGCUACGACUCAAAGGGUACAGGAGAGCUUAAGGUUCUACAGGAUAAAGACGACAAGACCAAAGUAAGAAUAUUGUGCAGGUCCGAUGGAAUGGGCCAUGUGCUUCUUAACACCAGCGUUGUGAAGGCUUUUCAAUAUGUUCCAGCUGAUGCAGGGAGAGAAAACUUCGUGAAAUGUCCGGUAGUUAAUGGCGAAGGGAAACUUGAAAACUAUGUUCUUCAGGUCAAGCAGAAAGCAGACGGUCGUCACUUGUGCAAAGCUAUAAAAGAUGCUCAAGACGGCAUGUAG